GUAUAAUUUAUAAUUCCACCCUCCGUCCGACGCCUUCCGCCGUUGUCUGCUUCGUUGUUCUCGGCAAGUAGUGAAGAAGGUUAAACCCUAGGGCUUUUCCACUCCCAAAAUCCGAAGUGAAGUGUUGGAUCAUGGCUAUGCUGGGUAGGGCAAGAGAAGCAGGGUUUCUAUUGAUAUCUUCUGUUAAGUUAAAAGGGAUUCCUAGUUUGCAACAACUGCAUCUGGAUACAUGCCUGCUUCGAACUAGCUCAGAGAGCUGGUGCAUUAGAAAUGAUGUAACCGGUUCCCUGCCAUUGUAAUGGGCUUGUCUUGUUAUUUCUUUCUAUUCUAUAGCCCAUCUUCUGACUACCGUGUUCUGAUUAUACUAAUAUCAUAUCUCAAGUUUUUCCUGGCAAUGUUUUUGGCAUGCAUUAUAUGACAAGUUGCAAAUUUAUAUUAUCAUGGCUAAACCACUGCUUGCCCUAAAGUUUCCACCACUCACCCUUACAUUUGGUAGAUACCUCCCACAAUUUUCAUCUCUAGAACACCUGGUUAAGCUUUUGAAAGUCUUAGCUGAUACUAAAAGUCUAAACCACGGCAAAACUGCUCAUGCCCAGUUGGUUGUUAGGAAUCAAAGUUCAAAAGGUAGUGACAUCUCUCAGAUAAAUUCAUUGAUCAAUCUAUAUGUCAAAUGUAAUCAAAUACAACUCGCUCGAAAGCUAUUUGAUAGAAUGUGCAAGAGGAAUGUAGUAUCUUGGAGUGCUUUAAUGGCAGGAUAUUUGCAUAAGGGGGAUGAAUUGGAAGUACUUGGGCUUUUUAAAGCUUUGGUAACCUUGGAAAAUUCAUGCCCUAAUGAGUAUAUUUUUACUACAGUUCUAUCUUGUUGUUCUGAUAGUGGGAGAGUUGAAGAGGGAAAGCAAUGUCAUGGGUAUCUAUUAAAGUCCGGAUUGUUGUUUCAUCAAUAUGUGAAGAAUGCCCUUAUUCAUAUGUACUCAAGGUGUUUUCACGUUGAAUUAGCAAUGGAGAUUUUGGAUGCAGUGCCUGGUUAUGAUAUUUUUUCAUACAACUCUAUCUUGAAUGCACUUUUAGAAUCUGGUUAUGCAAGGGAAGCUGAAGCAGUUUUAGCAAGGAUGAUGGACCAGUCUGUAGCUUGGGAUAAUGUCACCUAUGUUACUGUGUUUGGCUUUUGUUCUCAUAUUAGAAAUUUGCAAUUAGGCUUGCAAAUCCAUGCCCAAUUCUUGAAAUCUGAUCUGAAGUUUGAUGUCUUCAUUAGUAGCACAAUGAUAGACAUGUACGGAAAAUGUGGAGAAGUCCGGAAUGCAAGAAAAGUUUUUGAUGGCUUGCAAAAUCCAAAUGUGGUUGCGUGGACAGCAGUCAUGACAGCUUACUUGCAGAAUGGCCAUUUUGAGGAAACUCUGAACCUAUUUAGAAUUAUGGAUCUUAAGGACACUGCCCCAAAUGAGUGUACUUUCUCAGUGUUGCUUAAUGCCUGUGCAGGUCUAGCAUUAUUGAGCCAUGGUGAUACAUUACAUGCUCGGGUUGAGAAGGCAGGUUUUAAGAAUCAUUUAACUGUCACAAAUGCUUUGAUAAAUAUGUAUUCCAAGACUGGCAGCAUUGAUUCAGCAUAUAAUGUGUUCUCAGAUAUGGUGUAUCAAGAUACCAUCACUUGGAAUGCUAUGAUAUGUGGGUACUCCCAUCAUGGGCUUGGUAGACAAGCUUUAAAAGUGUUUGAAGACAUGAUUUAUUCUGGAGAACGACCAAACAGCAUAACUUUUGUUGGGGUUCUUUCUGCUUGCGCACAUUUAGGCCUUGUAAAAGAAGGGUUCUACUAUUUGGAUCAUCUAAUGAAAAAAUUCAAAAUUGAACCAGGAUUGGAGCACUACACCUGUAUGGUUGCACUUUUGAGCAAAGUUGGUCUUCUCAAAGAAGCUGAGAACCUCAUGAAGACAACACCAGUCAAGUGGGAUGUUGUUGCCUGGCGCACUUUGCUCAAUGCUUGUCAUGUUCAUCGAAAUUACAGCUUGGGAAAACGAAUUGCAGCACAUGUCAUACAGAUGGACCCUCAUGAUGUAGGGACAUAUACACUGCUAUCAAACAUGCAUGCCAAGGCAAGGAGGUGGGAUGGAGUUGCAAAUAUUCGAAAACUGAUGAGGGACAGAAACAUCAAGAAGGAACCUGGGGCCAGUUGGCUUGGGAUUAGAAAUGAUACACACGUUUUUCUUUCAGAAGUCAGCAAUCAUCCAGAUUCCAGUCAAAUUUUUGAGAAGGUCCAACAAUUGUUGGCAAUGAUUAAGCCAUUGGGGUAUGUACCAGAUACUGAUGUUGUGCUGCAUGAUGUGGAAGAUGAGCAGAAAGAAGGUUAUCUCAGUUAUCACAGUGAAAAGCUGGCCAUAGCUUAUGGCCUCAUGAAAAUUCCUUCACCAGCACCAAUCCGUGUGAUAAAAAACCUUAGGAUGUGUGAUGAUUGCCACAAUGCUGUAAAACUAAUUGCAAAGGUCACAAACAGGCUGAUAAUUGUUAGAGAUGCUAACCGUUUCCAUCAUUUCCAAGACGGGUAUUGUACUUGCACAGAUCACUGGUAGCAAAUUAUUGAUUUUUUUCAGUUUUGGUUUU